AUGGAGAACCAAGUAGCGGUGCCGAUUCCGGCGUACCCUCCCUUCAAGCUUCGACUGUCUCUCAUUGACAAAGACCCUGUGAUCUGGGUGCACUUGCUCGAAGGCUACAUCCAGCUUUUCCAGCUUUUGUUGAACGACGAUGUCGCUUUGAGCGUCAAGUCUCAGCAGCAGUUGCAGCAGUUCCUCAAGAGCUUUCUUGAAGAAACCGCCGAGGAGCUGACCAGAAUCUUCUCCUUGGGCGCCAUAAACCCCGACAUCAAGACCAACACAGCCACGCUCCGGGCAUACGUGCUUUCGGUGGUUCGUGCUCACAGCAUAGUCAAGCUAGGCAUCACAGGACAGAGUCUAUGGCAUUUUGUGGUGGUUUACGUGGAGAAGAACGCCUCGAUAGUGAGGACGCUUCUUGACGGAACGUUCAAGCUGCCGCUCAACGAUAAUCGCAAGUCAAGCAACAUUUCACUGGUUCCUGCUCUUCGAGCUGCCAUUGAGGCUCAAAUCAUAGAGGGAGCGUUUGACGGCACGGCCCAGCAGAUUCUUUUUUUGCUUUUGGGGCAGCACGCGUCGCCAAAAGCACAGACGUUUCUGCUUUCUGGAGGCUCGAAAAGGGGCAAGGUGUUGGCCAAAGACAAAAACCGCAACUUCACCUCUCUGUCCAGCGCCCUAGCGUUUGCCGAGUCGUUUGUGGCGCCUGAAUGGAUCGAAACGCUUGAAAGGCUCUAUUCGGGCGGCCGGAGCGUCCACGCUGAAACAGUUAAAAAUUGCAUGGUGAUCAGUGUGCUAGCGUUGUCUGUGUCCAAGUUGGCAACGCUUAUUUCUACUUUGGGAGUCAACAGCGCAGCCACGAUGGGCAUCUGUCCGCUUUUGAGCUCAAUAAUCAUCCUGGACUCGUAUAAAAAGUUGAACCCUGGUCUCGAGGAGAAACUACCGUUUUUGCGUACGCUUCUGUUUGGAGAACCCGAAGAGCCGGUGGACGAAAAGGAUGUUGAGUUUUUGACCGACAUGUUCCCGUCGUUGUCGCCCGCAAAGGCCAGAGUGGUGUUGCUACAAAACGACAGAAACGCCGAGAAAGUCACCUCGUUGUUGCUUGACGAUCCGCUGAUGAUCGAGACGAUUCCAGAAGAGCUCGAACAACCGAAGAAGGAGGAGGUGAAAGUUUCGGCUGAAGAACUUCAGAGAGGCAUGGAGCGUUUCAAGCUCAACGACAACGAAACGACCACCCGAGUCGAGAAGAAAAAGCAACCUGUCAGUGAAGAAGAGAUCAAAAAGCGUACACUUUCGGCAGCUCUCAAAUUGCUCUACGAGGACGACGAGGACGAACGUGACGACACCUACGACGACCAGGAACACACCUCCGGUGCUGCAUUUGAAGAAUUGGAACAAAAGCCCAAAAACAAGGAGAAGGCGCGUUUGGCUGUGUUUGAGGAUGACAGUGCAUCCAAAAGAGAGUCUACACCAACAGAUGUCGUUGCUAAUGAGCUCGAGAAAACAGAGCUCAAUCUAUUUGGAUAUUUCCGAAGCAACGGCGAAUCCGCAUUCGACAAGAGCGGGCGGAAGACCAAGUUGCGGGAUGAGAUCAAGCGUGUCUCUAAAUGGAGCGACGAGCAAAUCGAGGGCUGGUUCAAGAUGCUCUCCAAGUCGCCCAAACGUUUUAGAUUGCUUGAGGAGCGCUUCGCAGCUCACUUCUCCAACAAAAAAGUUGCCAAUCGCCAGCACCAGCAACCCAAACAGGAAACCUCGCAACGAGCGCCAGAAGAGUAG